AUGAACGGGGAACAUGUGGAAGUCGAUGAUCUCUUCGGCGAUGGAGGCACAUUAGGCGAUACUGUUACCCUCAAUCUUCCUCUACAGUCUCUACCCGUGGACGGACUUGCUCAAUAUGUUGACGACCUUCAUCGAGCUUCCACUGAGCAGAGGAGGCUAGCAUGGUCAAGAUUAGGGUGUCUUGCGUCACUUGCCCCAGACGCCCGUUCUGUCAACCUUGCUCAUCUCCAUUUCUCGGGCUCGGAGCCGAAGUGGAUGCUGAGCAAGGAGCGAACCAUCGAUCUCAGUGCCAACGGAGACGAUCAGCAUCCGAUUCUGCAGCUGGAGUGGAGUCAAUCAGGCAUUGACCUUACUUUAGUGGACGCUGCCGGAAGAGUCACUGUCAUCAACAUUAUCUCAGUGGCUCUGAACGAGACCGCAGUGGUGCGUCCUGCAACCCUGGAUCGAGAAGAUGAGCUCAACCAGGCAUUGGCCAUUUACUGGCUCAACGUUGACCGUCCUUAUCCGACAUUCAUACAUGCAUCAAAAGACCAAGGCAAGUGGAAAUACAUGGCAGCGAAACGUAGACCCAUGGGACCCUUCUGGCCACGUGGAUUCGUUGUUGUUACGCGCAGAGGAACCCUCCUGUUUCACUAUCAGCGACCUGAUGGCAGAUGGGCUGUUUCCAACGCCGGUCUGAGGAGCUUGACGUCCACUGGCUACCUUCUCUCACACGCGGCAGUUGCUCCAACUCAAGACAACAAGCUUUUAGUUGCAGCACAGAAUACUCAUCGCCAGCUGCUUGUGUACGUUGCGACGAUCGACUUGCCGGAUCCAAGGCAAGAUCCUCAAAUGAACACGGGCCCAACAAUAAGCAUCGAAAAUAUCAGAGCUUCCGUUCCAUAUACGAUCCUCAACGAUUCAAAUGCGCAGCACAACGAUUCCAUGCUCUUUGACGCAAGCUCACAGUUUCUGUCACACCUGGAAAUCGUCCCAACCUCUGACAUUCAAAAGGCUCCCCAACUUCCACCAACCAUCAUGGCCUUCUACACUCCUGUGGUGACCCCUAUGGGUAUGGCUAAUGAUGGGCAACUUGGGAUGACAACGGUUCGCAGAUGGCAUGUUGUCUCCGCAGAACACAAACUCCAUUCAGGUUUUGAUGCUAUGCAGUCGAAGACUAACGACACCACACUCAGUCGCAGAACAGACUUACAGAGAAUUGAAGAUGUCCACAUAAAUCAGACCAUCAGCACGGUGCAGAAGGUCGAUGGAGGUGAGCAUCUAGCCCUGGGCGGUGCGGAUGGGCCGCUUGCCUUACAUGACCCCAACUCCCUUACUCCCUUGUACAUGGCGAAUGAUUCGGCCGAGGUAACCAGUAUGGCCCAAACUGGAUUUGUGUUUCCCCCUUAUUCUCGAGGGCUGAAUCUGGCAGCCUCACCCAAUGCUUGCAUAGUAGCCAGCCUCUCCAACGACGGGAAGAUGCAAGUGACCCACGUCGAGCACCCCAGCGGCCUCACCUACGAUUCGACAGAUUCCACCACGGUUGAAGCAGCCAUCGCCGCGAUUAUCCUGUCCUCCGCCCGUUCCUUCUACUCGCAGGUUUCCUUAAAUGAUAUCAUGCUCCUAGUGACACAACAUCUUGACCCCAUUCACUACCCUCAAUUGAUCCACUCGAUGUUCAAAGACCUUUUCGGCGACAAAGACUUUAUCCCCGGACCAGAACCGGAAAACAACAAAAAACCCGUCGUAGCUCGUGUCCUCAGCCUGGUAGCUUCUCUUGGACACAAUCCAUCGACAGACCAACGCAGCGAAGCAUCAAUGCUGAGCUGGCUCAGCCUCAACGUCCGCUCAUGUGCCUUGACCUUCAUGGGCAUAUUGCAAUCUGUGCGCCAAACCGGUGGGCUAGAGUGGAAAGACCCCGAGGUCUGUGAACUCGCAUGCAACAACAUUAGGUGGACCCUAGAUCUCUGUAAAUUCAUCGUGGACGACUUAUUCGAGAUGGCAGACGAUAAUAUCUCACUCCACAAUUCCGAGAAACAACCUCACCCAUCGGCAGACUCGCAAACAAUAACGAAACUCCUCCUCGUCUCGAUCUGGCCGCGCUCUUCUCUAAAAUCGAUCGCCCGCAUCCUUCGCGGCAUUGUGCGGGCCACCCAGGACCCAAAGACAACGCUUGCGCCAGAAGCCGCAGCCGCUUUUUCGCGCAUGGCCGAGCUCAUCGAGGCGUCACCACUAAAAAUGGAGCCGCUAGAGCAGCUGCUCAUCGGCGUAGAGAAGAUGGUGCACCAGUUCUACCAAUCGCGAGGGAUGACCGACCGUGACAAGGCAGAAACGGAACGCUUUAUCCUCUCACAUGGGCAGAUUCCGGAAGUGUUACAGGAUGUCAUGCCGCGGAUCUUGCAGGAUGUGUUGCCGACGACAAGGACGAAGAUGGAUCGGUUGAAUCUGUACAUGGAGGAUUACAGCUGGUUGGGGAUUAGAGAGGAUAAGAAGACGAAGGUGUUCAAAAGGGACUUUGUGGUGGAUGUGCACAGGAAGAGAAUUUUGAGAAGGAAAGGAUUAAAUAGAUUUAGGAAAUGUGUCAGAUGUGGGAGUGUUAGCGCGGAUUUGGUUCGGAUGAGGCAUUGGCCUCAGUCUUUGCAGACGCUGGUUUUGAGGUGUGUUUGUGAGGAUGUUUUUGCUGUGGUUGGAUUGGAGGAUACGUGA